UUGAAAGGAAAUUGCCACUGCGGCCGCUACCGCUUCGAACUCACUGUCCCCAAGAUCGAAGGCGCAAUAUCCUGCACGUGCAGCCUCUGCCGGAAGAAAGGGUACAUCUGGCUUUCCAUCACUCCGGCAAGCUCAGAGGACGGUCAAUUCAAGGUUGUGAGAGACGAUGGAUUUCUGCGAGAGUAUCAAUCUGCGGCAUUGCGGGACAAGUUUUGCAGCCACUGUGGCACUGGAGUCUUGGGAGAGCAUGUGGUCGGGCCUCUGGAAGGCCAGAUGCUCGUGAACGUUCGGGCCGUCCAGGGGGUCAACCCUUUCGAGCUUGAGCCCUUGCUGAAGACAGUGUCACUGCCCGAGCCGGAACAACCGAUCUCAGCCCCGCCGCCUGCUGCGCCCGAAGCGCCGACGGCCCAUCACACCGGCUCCUGCCACUGCGGCAAAGUCAGACUUGAGUUGCUGACCCCGAUCGAGGACCAGGAGGUCAGAGAGGACAACUGCAGCUCGUGUGUCAGGGCAAGUUCACUUCACCUCUCCGAACCCGGUGCUUGGGCAGAAGCUGACUCGGCGUGUGGAAAACAAACCAAACAGGAUGCGUACGUGGGCGUCUAUCCCACCGAAAGCCAGGUUCGCAUCCAUGGCAAGGAACACAUGUUCGAGUAUCUCUACGGCCGGCGGUUCAUCGGCUUCGCGCGCUGCGAGACCUGCGGCGUGGUCGUGUUCCUCAACGUCUACGGGCCGCCCCUCAGCGCAUAUGACCACCUGCCGCCCGAGCGGCGGGAGCGCGCCCUGGCCAUACACCACACCAACAUGACGUUGCUGCCGCUGAACGUGAGGAUUCUAGAUGUCGACCUCGCCACGCUGCGAGUGCAGAGAUCGGACGAGGGGACGAAGGGGUACGUGCUGGAUCCAUGA